GCAUAGAUAAAGCUCGACGUGUCAUUCCUUCUUCAACAUCAACGGAAGGAAGCUUCUCUUCUCUUAUCGAUCUGUGUUCAAAGGUUAGCAAUUUCUCAAUCAAAUCUUCUUCUCCAAAUCCCCAAAUCGAGAGAUUUUAAACUGGAACGUUAGCCGAGAGAUAUUGAACCAAAAAGUUGUAACACCCAAAUUAACGCUGAGAUUUCGAAUUUUCCAGAAAUGCAUACGAACAUUCGCUCUCUAAGAGCCGAUUCCUGUUCUCGAAGCAUCAACAAGGAACAAGCCUGGAGAAGAAGAUAUUAGCCCCACACAGAGAUGCUCUCUGGUUCAGGAUCCACUUCCUGUGACAUACACACCAACAACGAGGAUCAGGAAAACAUGGGUUACAUCUCGAGGAAGAAGCAUCCUAUAACAGAAGAAGUUGAUGAUGGUCAGGACAACACCGGAAAUAAGAAAGUGAAGAAGAACAAUUCCGAAGCAGAAGCUGAUUCUUCUUCAUCAGACAGCUCUUGUUUUGUGGCCCCUGUUACCGCUUCCAAUCUGGAAGAAGAUUCUCUGUGUCUUCCACCAGAUUUCACAAUCUCAAAUGGUUUUAAAAGAAAAUGCCGCAAGAUUGUUUUAACAGAUGAAAGGGAAAGAUCAUGGGCGUUGGAUCUGAGGUUCAACAAAUCGUCUGAUACAUUCUGUAUAACCCGAGGCUGGAGAAAUUUCUGUGAAGAAAACGGCCGAAAAGAAGGAAGCUUAUUUAAGUUCAAACUAAUAAUGAGAAACGGGGAAACACCGUUGCUCAGUGUCUGCCCAACAGAAUCUAUCAGUGAUGGAACACAAGGAGUCGACGAGAACAUUCCUCAGAUAUGUAGAGAUUCAACCUUACCAAACCCUAACCGAUUUGUGACUUUAACACUUACAAAUGAUAGCCUCAAAAGUAGCAGACUGUAUCUCCCAUUGCCAUUCUUGAAAGAAAACGGCAUGGACAAACCGGGUAUGGUAACUUUGUUGGGGAAAGAUGGUACAAGGAUGCUGGCAAAUCUUCUACGGGAAAACUCAGGAAGAAUGAGUUUAGGAAAGGGCUUGAAAGAUUUUGCUAGAGCAAACGGAUUAAACAUGGGCGAGUCCUUCACAUUGGAGUUGAUCUGGGAAAAUGCAACUCCUGUGCUCAGUUUGCUCAGUACGGAAUUCAGAAGCCAGAACCGAUUUGUGACUUUAACUCUUACACAAGACAGCUUCAAAAACAGUAGACUGGGUCUUCCAUUGCCAUUCAUGAGGGAAAACGGCAUGAACGAACCUGGAACGAUAGCUCUGCUGGGAAAAGAUGGUACAAAGUGGAUGACAAAUCUUCUACGAGAAAGCCAAGGAAGAAUGAGUUUGGGAAAGGGCUGGAAAGAUUUUGCUAGAGCAAAUGGUUUAGAAAUUGGUGAAUCCUUUACGUUGGAGUCGAUUUGGGAAGAUGCAACUCCUAUGCUCAGUCUCUCCAGUAGAGAGUCCAAAAGGGAAAAAGUAUAUGUUUCCACCGAACCUAGUAUCGGAAACGAAACCAAGAAAGAUGAGAACAACAUAGAGGAUUAAUGCAUCUUUUCACCAGUCCAAAACUGAUUCAUGACACUAGCUAGCACUUUGGUAAAUUUAUAAAAUAACACUUGUUUCAGAGUUGAAUUUUUUUUCUUUUUCAUCUGUUAGAUUAUUAUUCAAUUAACUGUCAGAUACACAAAGCCUUUGCUGAGCUAUUAACUGACGAGGUAAACAUAA